GUCAUCCUCAGAAUUCUACGGCUGUACCUCACGACCAUCGACCACCAGAAGUACCACGACAAAGGCAGAGCCGCAUUUCAUCCCAAGCCCGCAUCCAUAGGAGGCAGUUCUAGACAGACACAGUCCAGUCCAGGUCUUUCGCUACCAGAGAAGGGGAACUGGACUGCUGCAUUGCCAGAGGGGACCGCUGCGCUCUUUGUACCCGUCGCAGGAAGGGAAGGAAAAAAAAGCGAAUACGUCACCAAAAUUCGCAUCCAUUCUCGAGGGCGACAGGAAACCCAACCUUCGAGGAUUCUCCGCACAAUAGAUUCGAGGCCCAUUGCAUCGAACGUCAUAUCAUACACACCACCGACCCCUGCAUCGCCAUCUCCAUCUGCUAUCUAAUUUGACCUCACCGUCGCCCUCGUAGCGCUGUCCCUGCCGUCGUGAAGCGGAAGAAGAUUCUUGUCAGGGGCUGCUGUCGCGCGUUGCCACUCCCUCCCUCACUUCACCGCCGCCCACCCAACGCCUCGACUUCAUCGCGGAUUAAUGCACUGUCGUUCUUGCAUCGCACAUCUUCAUCCUACCUUUAUAAUUGCGAUAACAGAUCGCUGCACUGCGGUUUGUAGCGCAAUUUAGAGUGUCGAAGUCGCCAAAGUGGUUUUGCGCCGCCGCUGCUGCCCUCGCCCUCGCCUGCCCUGCGUCAUAACCUCCAACGUCAUCGACCUCGAAAGCUUCACACUCACCCUCACACUCAUACUCACGCACCCACGGCCACGGCCACUCAAGUCCCUCCCUCGCACGAGUCUAUCCAGUCUCCCGCCCAGGAACCACAAUCCAGUGCAGCCCUAGCUGUCUGCGGGUGCAGAUCCAAAGCGUCAUACCUGCUUGACUUGACUGAGAUACUCGUCCCUCCUACCCUACCCUACCCCCCGCGCCUCGACUCGAAACUCAAUAAUGUCUCCUCCGAAGGAAACUGCAAAGAAGUCGACCUCGACGUCGCCUGUUCAAUCUAAUGUUGAUGCUCCAAAAGUUAACGGUAAGUCACAUCAGAGUCUCCCUUCUGCUGCACGACAAUCAUCACUAUGCACAAUAUCCUUCGCGACAAUUCUUCAUAGAUUAUCAUACUAAUGUCUUCGUCGGCAGAGCCCAGUACUAAGCAAGAAGAACAAUUGAAGAAGGAACCUGCGAAUGCGGAGCCACUUGCUCCUCCCCCUCCUCGAGCUACAGAAGGCCCUGACUACUUCUCUGCAAAGCACCAGAUCCUAAGCACCGAGUCCAAUCCCUUCGAAUACUCUUUCGCAGGCGGUGCAGCAGGCCCAUUGACCGCUGGACUUGUAACACCUGGCGGAACAAAGCUUCCAUCCGUGGCUGCUCUGACUUCACCGGCUUUAAAUUUCUGGAGUUCCGCGACAGGUCUGCGCUCUGGACCUUUGAGUCCCGCUAUGCUCACUGGUCCAACAAAAGACGACGAUUACUUUGGCGACUCAUAUCUACAUAGAGGUGGGCCACAACCGACGCAACGCGAAUCUGAUGUUAGAAGUGGCAUGACCCCGAGUGAACGAACUGGCUUAACACCUGGCGGAGGUGGAUCUAUGUUCCCUGAACCAAGUCCAGGAGGAUCGGCAAUUUUCAACUCCCUCGCCAACGGUGGCGCAACUCCAGGGACACUGGACUUCCAUCGCACUGCUAUGAACAUCAACGCUAGAAAGGCCAGUGAAUCUGCUCAUCUAGCAAAAAUCACAUCACAACCUCAAGACAUCACUAUGAAUGGGAUGGAUGUCAAGCCACCACAGUUUAGACAGCAAGAGAACGAAACUAACGACGCCGCUAACGGCCUCUUCCUUUUGGCAAACGCCCAUAACGGGCCACAGCCAACUAAUCACUACGCUAUUGCUCCUCAAUCUAUCGUUCACGCCCAGAACAUGCAAAUGGGUGGCCAGUCACAAGAAACGUCUCCUCAUAUGGGCCACCGUAAUGGCGGUUCUAUUAGUACCACUUCUGGUCGAGGAAACAGCGUUGGGUCCGAAGAUGACCAAUCAAGACCAAAUACCCGAGGUAAGGGCAAGAGAAGUUCGACCCAAGAUGGUCAAACUAAUGGUCGGCGUAAAGCAAAUGACCAACCCAAAGCACCCGCAAACAAGAAGGCUAAGGGAAACAACGGCAUGAGCAUGAGCAUGGAUCAACCUUCCGAGGAUGAGGAACCAGACAUGUCGAAGGAUGAGUUCCAUGCCAAUGGCAAGAAGAUGACUGACGAGGAGAAGCGAAAGAACUUCCUUGAGCGAAAUAGGGUCGCUGCUCUCAAGUGCAGACAACGCAAGAAGCAAUGGCUUGCGAACCUUCAACAGAAGGUAGAGAUGUAUUCUGUGGAGAAUGAUAGCCUCAACGCCACCGUCCAGCAAUUGCGAGACGAGUUGGUCAACUUGAAGACUAUCCUCCUCGCCCACAAGGAUUGUCCAAUUGCUCACGGACAAGCCAUGGGCAACGGUACCAUCCAACAGAUUGUUGAAGGCAGCUAUGGCAAUCCUCACAUGAACCCCUAUGGUAUGGCAAUCAAUCAACAGCACCAACAACAACAAAUGAUGGCCAGUCAAGGCUAUCCUUCAAGACGGGAAUCAUAAUUCUUUCCCACUUUUGGAUGUACGAUAUGGGAACGAGUUAUGUGGGUCAAAAAUGCAUCUGGUGCACAAAAGGGAAACCAAAUCAUAAUGAGGAGUUUGGGUUACGACGUAUUAACGGUCGUCCAACGAACUCAUGCCCGGAGUUCCGGUUUUCCGUCAUCAUCUUAGUCUUCAUCUUGGCCAUGCACCGCUUCGCCACUACCAAAUGCGCAGUCUUGAGAAGAUAUCGUCCUCGACGGCUUCCCGACAACUUUUGCACAUACCGGCGUUCUGGAAAAUGCCAUCUUCCCAGGUACGCAACGAACUCUUUCCAGGAGCUUUGCACCACCUCGUCUGUAGAAUAGUCAUUCCUUCCUCAUCAUCUACGCGUUGCGUUUCUCGUCAUUCUCAACGUACUUAGCUUGGCAUUGGACUGGGUCUCCCAAUAUGUUUGUCUUCCUUGCCUUUACGCUCUCCUCACGAAAAUCAAACCUCUCUUGCGUUUGCUUUGAUUUUCCUUUUUCUGUACAUACGUACAUAUAUGGUAGUGGGACACACGUACACGCAUGCUGUCCACAGCACCUGGCGCUUGGGGGAAAUAUGGAGGGUGGGAUUUGCUUGACCCGACCGGUUUUUGGUCGGGGCUCUUUUUGGUCGUGGUUCCCGUUGCUGGUGUUGAAGGGUGCUUCAACUUUUGGCCUUUUGAUUCUGAGUUGAUUGAGUCAUGAAUGGUGUGAUGUAGUGGGAUGGAAUGGGAUGGGAAAGAUCUGAGUCGAGAGGUGUAGUGAGUGCAAAGGAGAUAGCUAGGCGAGGAGUGGUGACGGUGAACAAUAGCGAUGCAUGACUUCGUCAUAUUCGAACAAUGGAUUUGGCUAAGCUGAGUUGAAAUGUUCUUGACAUGCUUCAGUGCAUAGAUGUCGUUAGCGUGCUUGUCAUCGGUACACUAGUUUAUAAGUUCUAUGGUGCGGUGCGGUGCGGUGGGAGGAAAAGAGGAGAGCGAGAUCAGAGAAGAGCUGAACGAAGUAACAACAAUGAAGCGAGAAUUGUGGAGUAGGAAUAUAAGAAAGGAGAUCUUUAAG